AAUCUUUCAUUAUGGUUGCGUAACAGAUUAAAAAUAUCUACAGUUUCUGUUCUAACGUAACGACGCCUCCCUGCAUUUGGAUUAAGUGGUAGGUUCUUUAAAAGGGAACCCUUUUCACCACUAGUUCUUGAAUCCACAUACAAGCCGAGGCGUUUCAAUAUUAAAUGUAAAUUUUACCCUUAAAACCAUUUGAUUUCUCCUUCAAAAUUCCUGCAACGACAUUAAUUUGAAAAAAAAAAAACAGAGACGUAAGAUCAAAGAUGAGGAGCAAGAGCGGUUUUAGUUUCUUCUCUAAAAUGACUUCUUCAAGGAAGAGGCCUUCUCUCUCACUACCUAGCAAGAGUCACGAGUCCACGGAUGUUAACAAGACCAUCGACAAUGCAGCCGAGAUUAUCGAGAAAUGGAACACAGAGUAUGUUUCCGAUAAGAAAUUUUAUUCUCUGUUUUGCGAGAGCAAGCGAGACGCGAAGAAGUUUGUUAAACGCGUGAAGGAACUGCAGAACGCCAUGGAUUUGUUGAUUAGAGAAGAUCCAAAUUCGGAGAAACUCCUUAGAGCUCAGAAUCUGAUGCAGAUCGCUAUGAAACGACUUCAGAAAGAGUUUCUCCAGAUUCUUUCAAUGAACCGUGCGCAUUUGGAUCCUGAAUCCAUCUCCUCUAGAUCUCCUACAUCUGUCGUAUCGAACGAUGAUGAUGUUUGGCACGAGUCUCGUUCAGCUGGUGACUCCAUCAUCGAAGUUGAGGAGGUGUCAAAGAACUCUAGGACAGAGCUGAAAUCCAUAGCAGAUUGCAUGAUCGCUGCGGGUUGUGCGAAAGAGUGUGCGACUACUUAUAAAUCCAUUCGAAAAUCGAUAGUUGAUGAAUCGAUUUACCGUCUCGGAGUAGAGAAUAUAAGCUCAUCCAAGGCGAAAAAGAUGCCAUGUGAGGUUGUUGAGUUGAAGAUGAAUAGGUGGAUAGAGGCGGUUAAGGUCUCGAUGAAGACUCUCUUCAAUGGCGAAAAGACUCUAUGCGAUGAAAUCUUCGAAUCCUCUGUUUCUCUUAGAGAGUUUUGUUUCCGAGACAUCUCCAAGGAAGGAGCUCUUCUUCUGUUUGGAUUCCCGGAAACUAUCACCUUAAGAGACAAGAAAAAUCCACAUCCGGAGAAGAUUUUCCCGUUGCUAGAUAUGUAUUGCACGAUCACAGAUAACUUGCUUGCGAUUGAAGCAAUCUUCUCGUUUCCAUCAAUUUCGAAUGUUCGAACUCAAGCUCACAGCUCACUUAGCCGACUAAGCGAGUCAAUUCUUGCUCACUUGAUGGAUUUUGAAUCUCAAAUACGUAAAGACUCGUCCAAGACAGUGGUUCGUGGUGGAGGAGUUCAUCCGAUGACUAUCUCCGCCAUGAAUCACAUCUCUCGACUCGCGGAAUACAGUAACGCUCUCAUUAAUAUACUCAAGGGAUCAUCAUCAUCAUCUUCCGCUAAAGCAUUGCUUCCUAAAUCUUACUUCAAUGUCUCAGAAUCUGAAGAAUCUCCAGUGUCGGAGCUAAAAGCACGAUUCGCGUGGAUGAUUCUCGUCCUCCUCUGUAAAAUCGACGGCAAAGCUGAAAUGUACAAGGACUUCUCAAUGCAGUAUCUCUUCUUAGCCAACAAUCUCCAACACGUUGUCUCACGUGCUCGAUCCACGAACGUGAAGCAUGUUCUCGGCAACGAUUGGAUAGCGAAAAACUCAGAGAAAGUUAGACAGUUCGCAAGAAGCUACGAGCGGUUGGCAUGGGGUCCAUUGGCGUCGAUGUGUCCGGCGAUUAGUACUUCGGAGGCGGUGGAGAUGUCGCCCGAAGAAGCGAUGAUGCAAUUCAAAAAGUUCAACGAGACUUUCGAGAGCACGUGCGAGGCACAGAGUGAGUGCAUCGUACUAGAUCCGAAGCUGUUGGACGAGAUGAGAAUUUCGAUCGGGAGAAAACUGUUACCGGUUUACCGCGAUUUUUACAACGCUCAUAGAAAUGCCGUUAUGUUAGCGGGAACGGAAGGCCAGUGGAAUGUCCGAUAUAACCCUGAAGAUAUUGGAAACCACUUGUCGGAGCUGUUUAGCGGAAAGGGUAUUUCGGAGAAAGGAUAUGUCUGUACGCCAGAUUUUUGUGUUACAACACCUACUCCAACUCCUGUACGAAAGACUCGAUCUUUGUCAUGCAGAAGAUUUUGAAAGGGAAAAAAAUAAUGUUUUCAUAAUAAUUAUUUUCCUAUUACAGUAUUUUGAUAUUUUUUUGUAACAACUUAAUUAAUUGAUGUCAUGGAAGGUGUAAGUUACGACUUACAACAAGGAACAUGGCAUAUUUAUGAGGUAUUGUGACUAAAACAUUUAAUCAUCAUGUGAAUUAUAACUACUAUCACCAUCAUAUAUGUGUAUGUAGAGAAUCUUUGGUCCUUUUUGAGUGGGUGAGGACCGUUAGGUAGCGAAUAAUCCAAGUCAAGUCACAUAACACGAUUUGUAGAGUCCUAAUUAAAUACCACAAAUACUUUUGUACAAUUAAUAUUCAACGGAAGGUGACAUUGACAG